AUGGCUUCUGAGGAGUUUUCCUUGGACAUCGCUAGCACAUCUGAAGGGUCGACUGCCGAUGUGGUUCUCGAUAAAGCGAUGAAGAUUUUGGAAUGCCUGGUUAUCGACUGGAAAUCAAAGCGAUCAUUAGAGUCGGACUCUGGAAAUCUCAGUAAAACCAACAGGACACUAAAAGAUGCGAAAGAGAUGGAAUGCCGUCAGCCCAUAUGGAAGCGACAAAACAAGUGGACUCCAUACUUGGUACCAAGGAAACACCAGACAAUCCCAUUUAUCGAUGACUUGUAUUCCGUUUUGAGUCAAAUACGCUUUCCUGAGGACGUUGAUGUGGAUGUUCUUCGUUUGUGUCUACUAGACAGACGUGAUAUACCAGUGGCAUGUAGCGUCCAAGCUGUACGACGACCACCUACACCCGACGGUGAGGUGGAUGAAUUGUCUGAGUAUUUUGCUCAUUUUGUGCGCGUCGAUUUGAAGAUGUCUUCGUUAGCAGAAUCAAUGUAUGUAUAG